GUCUGAGACUUUUAUGGGCACACCGACGUCAGGGACUGAGCUUCACCGUGAAGAUGGCGGAGGCAGCGGAUAGACCACAACACCGUUUUUUCUGUCACUGCUGUAAAUGUGAAACAAACCCCAAACUCCCGGAUUUAAUCUGCCCCAGGUGUGAAUCUGGCUUCAUUGAAGAGGUGACAGAAGACUCCAGCCUCCUGGAGAACAGCACAUCAGUGGCGAGUGAUGAUUCAAACUCGUUGUUCUCAGAAUUAUGGCAGCUGCUGUUUAUGGAGCGCUCUGCCCUGCUGUCGCAUCCGCCCUCCUCAGAGUCCGACCCAGAUGACAGUGAGCAGGUAUCUGCUGGUCAGAGCCGUCUUUCGCCGGUGUUGGCAGGAGCUGCUGAGGUCACAGAACCGGAGGCUCCUUCUCAACCUGAACAGGAGAGGUCAACCCGGCCUGAGCAAAGGCCUGCAGUGGAAGGGAUUGUGCAGCAGUUUUUGGCCGGCCUGUUUGCCAACAACGGAAACCCCGGUGCUGCACCAGCUGCACUAUCCAACAUGCUACAGUUGCACUCAAACCCUGGGGAUUAUGCCUGGGGUCAGGGAGGUCUGGACGCUGUCAUCACAGAGUUAUUAGGACAGUUGGAGAACACAGGUCCACCUCCUGCUGAGAAGGAGAUGAUCUCCUCCCUGCCUACAGUUUGCAUCUCUCAAGAACAGACAGCCUGCAGACUAGAGUGUCCAGUUUGCAGGGAGGAGUAUUUGUCAGGGGAAUCUGUCAGGAAGCUUCCUUGCCUCCAUUACUUCCAUAGUGAAUGUAUAGUGCCUUGGCUGGAGCUGCAUGACACCUGCCCAGUGUGCCGCAAAAGCCUAGAAGGUAUCGACAACAGCCUCCCGCCCACAUCAGAUCCCCUAGAAGCUCGCUCCAUCAGGACAGAGCAACAGGAGAGACAGGCGAUCUGAGAAACGGGCCAAGCAACUCUACCUCCUUAACUGUUUUCAAAAGGACACGCUUCUUUCUUGCCUCAGACCUCAGAUUUCCCUCCAUAUGAGCUGACUGCUUUUUAGAUAAAAUACAUUACACGCAUCUUUAACUCUUAUUUGAUUCACGCAUCUCUGCUAAGGACCUUAAUGUGUUUUUUUCCUCCAUCAUAUUCUCCAUUUUCACGCUACACUACACACUAAAGGACCUGGCAGUUUGCUGACAAGAUGUGGAGGUGAUGUGUCCUUCUCGCUACACUGCUCUCUUAGGUGGUUUUCUGAAUGGCUGAUUCAGAUGUCAUGAACUAAUCACCACUGAGCUGCUGUUGUUUUCAAAAUAACGGGAAUUCACAG